CUAAACUGAAUCCUAUCAGUGUUCGUGGUAAAAUGGCAGAAGCCAGUAUCACAGGGAAUCAGAACCAGUUAAGCUGUCCGAUCUGUCUGGAUCUACUGAAGGAUCCGGUGACUAUUCCCUGUAGACACAGUUACUGUAUGAGAUGCAUUAAGAGCUGCUGGGAUCAGGAGGAUCGUCUUGCAGUUUACAGCUGCCCCCAGUGCAGAGAGACCUUCAUUCCCAGACCUGUUCUGGGCAGAAACAUCAUACUGGCUGAAGUGGUAGAGAAACUGAAGAAGACUGGACUACAAGCAGCUACUCCUGCUGACCAUUAUGCUGGACCUGGAGAUGUGGAAUGUGAUUUCUGUACUGGGAUAAAACACAAAGCUGUCAAGUCCUGCCUGGUGUGUCUGGCCUCUUACUGUGAAACUCACCUCCAGCCUCACUAUGAGUCUCCAGCUUUUAAGAAGCACAAGCUGGCUGAUGCCACUGGACGUCUGCAGGACAAGGUCUGUUCCCACCAUGACAAACCCCUGGAGGUCUACUGCCGUACCGACCAGCAGUGUAUCUGUCUGCUGUGUGUGAUGGAUGAACAUAAAGGCCAUGAUACAGUUUCAGCUGCUGCAGGAAGGGCAGAGAAACAGGUCAGGCCAGAAGUAUUCUUAUAUAAUUCCUGAUUAAUUGAUUGAUUGAUUAAAUAACUUAAUGAAGUAUUGAUAAGCCAUAUGAGCUCAGCACAGUCAGCAGUGGAGGACAGUGAGAAGAUCUUCACUGAGAUGAUAAGCUCCAUUGAGAGAAGACGCUCUGAGGUGACAAAGCUGAUCAUAGAUCAGAUGAAGGCUGCAGUGAGUCAGGCUGAAGGAUACAUGGAGAGACUGGAGCAGGAGAUUGAUGAACUGAAGAGAAGACACUCUGAGCCAGAACAGCCUUCACACGCAGAGAGAGACACUUAUGUUAGAAUGCUGUUCAUAGACUUCAGCUCAGCAUUCGACACCAUCAUCCCCCAAAGGCUCAGCAGGAAACUGAACGAGCUGGGACUGAGCACCUCUCUGUGUAACUGGAUCCUGGACUUUCUGUCAGAGAGGCCUCAGUCCAUCCGUAUCGGCGACAAAAUUUUCAGCACCAUCAGACUGAGCACAGGAAUUCACAUCUCAGACGACCUCACCUGGACCACCAACACCACCUCCAUCACCAAAAAGGCUCAGCAGCGUCUUCACUUCCUGAGACGAUUGAAGCGGGCCAACCUCCCUCCUCCCAUCCUCUCC